AUACCCUGUUUAAUCUUUAGUGUUUAGGACUUGGCAGUGUCUCCCCCCCUUCUUCGUCUUCCUCCUCCUCGUCACGUUCAGUAGGGUGUGAAGAUCACAAACCGCCAACAUGUCUGAGGGAAAGAAAAUGACGUCCAGCCGCAGGCAUCAUCUGAAGAGUUUGAUGCUUCAGAUCGCCGCCAACUGGAUCGAGCAGGAGAAGAAGGACAUCACGGCGGCGAAGGAGGCCUACAUGGCCGAGAACUGCCCCACCCCCGACCUCGGCGGAGACCUGGCCGCCCUCCAGGAGAUCUGCAAGAAGCUCGCGACAGCCAUCGACCAGGUGGACGACGCGAGGUACGACGCCGAGGCCAAAGUGCAGAAGUCCGACAAAGAGAUUGAGGAUCUGAAGCUGAAGGUGGUCGAUCUGGCCGGUGUGAAGAAACCUGCCCUGAAGAAAGUGCGUAUGUCCGCCGACGCCAUGCUGCAGGCCCUGCUGGGAGGCAAACACAAGGUGACCAUGGACCUGAGAGCCAACCUGAAGCAGGUCAAGAAGGAGGUCAAAGAGGAGGGGGCGGAGGCGGGCGACUGGCGUAAGAACAUCGAGGAUAAGGCAGACAGGAAGAAGAUGUUCGAGACUUCCUAAAACCUUCCUGGAGUGGCGAGGAACGACAGCGGGGGGAGUCCGAGUGCCGAGGUCUGAGUGACUGAGUGUUGUUCCAGCGGGACGCACAGCGGGCGAGAGUUUAGACACUUUUAUUUUGUUGUUUUUUGGUUGUUUUUGGGAUACCGUCUCGCCGCCGUGAGAGACUGAACUGAAACAAAGUAACGCCAUCAUCAUGUACGCAGAUAAAACGGGAAACGUUAAAAAUGUACGUAAGGUUUCCAUGGAGUCAGUAGAAAUAAAUGUUUUGGAAUAAGGA